CCAACGUUCGGGAGAGAGCCUAGCCGUGGGGCCGCGAGAGAAUCAUUCAACACGGAUCCGCGACCAACACGGACACCUGCAGGGAUUCCGGGCAAUGAUGACGAUGCCGAUGGUCAGAUAGGACGGAGCGCAUAGCUGUCCUGUUCUUCGGGUCACCUAAUCAUUAGAAAUUCACACUGACCACCAAGAAAGUCAAUUCCGGGGUUCGCUAAGUAGUCUGCAGCUAUCAUGUAUCUUUUAUUUUUCUUUUUGGGAUUGCUGUAUUAUUCUGUUGGCUGUCGGAGCGCCGGCUAUGUCCAAGUCCGUUGUGCGUUGUCGUGGGAUCUUCCACUCAGGGAUGUGACACGAGCGCCAGGAGGGAGAGACAAGGGCCACCAUCGGCCCAAGGUGGGUGACGCAGCCGCAAUGGCACAUGGGGGGGGCAGAAGGGGAGAGAAGAGGGGGGGGGAAAGACGCUUUAGAAGCCUUCCAUUGCCCUUCCGAGCUCUUUCUAGAAGGUCGCCGGAAGCCCGAAGUGGGCUUGGCAGCCAUCAUGACUGGUUCACACGAAGGAUCCAUACGAUGUACGAGUCCGUUAGUGUGUGUAGCAGUGGGGUCAGUCUUCUGCAAGGGAGACCAACAAGGUCACAACCGAAUAGGAAAAAGCAAGCAGGGGAAAAAAAAGUCGACAAGGGAAAAAUACCAAGAGGGGUGGGAAAGGAAAGAAAGGAGGGAAGCCCUGACUGAAGCCCAGAGGCAGCACGGGUGGAUUCUUCGUCGC